CAUUGCCCUCCCCUCCCUCACCAAAGCACAGCACAUACAUGGCGAUGGUGUGUGUGGAGGCGUUGGAGGGGGGCUACAGCUACAGCUACAAAAGAAAAGGGGGAAAAAGAAGGAGCUGAAAAGGAAAAGGCAGAGCUCCUCUCCCCUCCCCUCCCUUCCCUCCUCCCCUUUUCUCCCCUCCCAAUUCAUCACAGGAUUCACUCCCCAGCUGGGUGUUUCUUUUCUUCCCUUCCUUCCUAGCAGCCAGAGGCAGCCAGUGGUGGUGCCCAUUUCCUCGCUCUGAUCCAAGCCUUUCGCUCAAAGCCCCCGGCUUUUGCCGAUUGUUUGGUCACUUCAAGAAUCUCGGAAUAUGUUCUUGCUCCUGCCGCCGCCCCUGCUCUGAUCCGUCCACCCCUCCUUCGAGCCAAGCCAGCCCAAGCCAGCCCAGGCCCCUGUCGCGCUCUCCCUCUCUUUCUUUCUCCGGCGGCAUUUGAGUUCUCUGCAAGGAAAGGAUUCUGGCGGCCUGGUUUUGGCUGUGAUUGGGAUCCAAUUUUGGGGGCGGGUUCGCCGUCGUGUGGAGCGAGGCUCCUUUCUUGGCGGGGCAGGAAUUUGGGAUGAUUUCUCGGGUUCUUGAAGGCGGGGAGACUCUCUGACGACCCGCCCCUCCGCCGUUUCUGGGGGAAAUUCUGGGCGGUUUCUGCGGAAUUUGCGUCGAUUCGGGGCCGUUGAGCUCGGUUCUUGAUCCGCGGGCUCCAUGGGUCUCUGUCAUGGGAAGCCCUCGCGAAUCCCGGAGCCCAAGGCGGAGGAGGAGCCGCGCGUGGCCUCCGGGACCGGCGAUGCCGCCGGUGGCGCCGCCGCCUCGCCGGCGCAGGCGGCCGCCGCGGCGAAGCCGGGCACGCCGAAGCAGCCCAAGUUCCCCUUCUACCUGCCGAGCCCGCUCCCGGCGUCCAGCUACAAGGGCUCGCCGGCCAACUCGAGCGUGGCGUCCACGCCGGCGCGCGGCGGCUUCAAGCGGCCCUUCCCGCCGCCGUCGCCGGCCAAGCACAUCCGCGCGCUCCUGGCGCGGCGGCACGGCUCCGUCAAGCCCAACGAGGCGUCCAUCCCCGAGGGCGGCGAGCCGGAGCUGGGCCUCGACAAGAGCUUCGGCUUCUCCAAGCACUUCUUCGCCAAGUACGAGCUCGGCGAGGAGGUCGGCCGCGGCCACUUCGGCUACACCUGCGCCGCCAAGGCCAAGAAGGGCGAGCACAAGGGCCAGGACGUCGCCGUCAAGGUCAUCCCCAAGGCCAAGAUGACAACAGCCAUAGCAAUUGAAGAUGUCAGAAGAGAAGUGAGGAUACUGAGCUCUCUGACAGGCCACAGCAACCUAGUGCAGUUCUAUGAUGCUUUUGAAGAUGAAGACAACGUGUAUAUAGUUAUGGAAUUGUGUAAAGGAGGCGAACUACUUGAUAAGAUAUUGGCAAGAGGUGGAAAGUAUUCUGAAGAGGAUGCAAAGGUUGUUAUGCUGCAAAUUUUGAGUGUAGUAUCAUUUUGCCAUCUUCAAGGUGUUGUUCAUCGGGAUCUGAAACCAGAGAAUUUUCUAUUCUCAUCAAAGGAGGAAAACUCACCCUUGAAGGUCAUAGACUUUGGCUUGUCUGACUUUGUAAAGCCAGAUGAAAGACUCAAUGACAUUGUUGGAAGUGCGUAUUAUGUUGCUCCCGAGGUGCUUCAUCGAUCUUAUGGCACGGAGGGAGAUAUGUGGAGCAUUGGAGUAAUUGCCUACAUUUUGCUUUGUGGGAGCCGACCUUUCUGGGCACGCACAGAAUCAGGAAUAUUCCGAGCUGUCCUUAAGGCGGAACCAAGUUUUGAUGAGGCCCCAUGGCCUACUCUCUCUGCUGAAGCCAAAGACUUUGUAAAAAGGUUGCUUAAUAAGGAUUACCGCAAGAGGAUGACUGCCUCACAAGCUCUCAGUCACCCAUGGAUCCGUGAUGCACAACAAGUCAAAAUUCCUUUAGAUAUGAUAAUCUACAAGCUUAUCCGAGCUUAUAUCAGUUCAUCUUCAUUGCGGAAGUCUGCUUUGAGGGCCCUAGCUAAGACAUUGACAGCAAAUCAACUCUUUUAUCUAAAAGAGCAGUUUGAAUUGUUGGGUCCAAACAAGAGUGGUUUUAUCUCCUUGCAAAAUUUGAAAUCGGUUAGUAAUCCUAUAUUCGUCAUUCAGUCCAGUUUACAGCACGCAGUUGCUGAAAAAGGCAAAUGGAACUUGCAGGCUCUGGUGAAGAAUUCUACGGAUGCAAUGAAGGAUUCCAGGGUUAUUGACUUUGUUAACACGGUAUGCACCCUUCAGUACAGAAAAUUGGAUUUCGAAGAGUUUGCGGCUUCCGCCAUCAGCGUAUAUCAGAUGGAAGCUCUGGAGACCUGGGAACAGCACGCUCGGCGCGCGUACGAGCUGUUCGACAAGGAGGGCAACCGGCCUAUCGUGAUCGAAGAACUUGCUUCGGAACUCGGCCUCGGCCCGUCGGUGCCCCUCCACGUCGUCCUCCAGGACUGGAUCAGGCACGCCGACGGGAAGCUGAGCUUCCUCGGGUUCAUAAAGCUCUUGCACGGAGUUUCUUCCCGGUCGAUCCCGAAAGCCUGAGACGGAAAACAAGCAUUAUUAUUGUUGCAUCAAUUCAAACCUAGGAGAUGACUGAUGGCUAAGCCACCGCCAAUCUCUCGCUGGUGUCUGUGUGCGUGGACGACUACUGUUUGAGGUGGCUGGAGGAGAACGAUGGCUUGCGACCGACCGAAACGGAAGAGAAGCCGACAGUCUUUGUGUAAGAGGUAAGAAGAUAAAAAGAAGGUUGUUGCUUGAUGCUUAUGACUACUACUGUAGUAGCUACUAGUGCUUGCUUGUAACCCUCCCUCCCCCCCGUGCCACGUGGAUUGAUGAUGGUGUUGUAUUAAGCUGCUGUGUAGACGGAUGUACAGAUGAGGAUAGGAAGAAAAGAAUAUGAAUUGAAAGGGCUUAGCUGUUGUUGUUAUGGCUUGGAGACUGCUGGUUGUCGUCGUCAGUGUCCUUCUUUUGUUGUCUUAAAUAAGGUGUAUGUAUGUCGUGGA